UCACGUUUUCUUUCGCUACGUUUCAUUCUCCCCUCUCCGGGCGGAGGAAACAGGAUUUUUGAAGGUGCGUGCAAAUCGGUCAUGUCAAGCAAAUGUUGUGCUGUGGCAGCGAUUCGGAAAACCUUGAGGACUGCCGGCCUGACUCGGCACCGGCCAGCUGCAGUUUGGUGAACAUGUCGCGCAUCGGGAGGCCACGCUCGGGACUGUACGAAAUGCUGACGACGAUGGUCCGUGCCAACAUAGAGUACUUCAGAGAAGUGGAAACGGAGACGGGAAGUAAAAUACUUGCGCACCUAAACUCGAUGGAAGAACUACUGCAUUCGGUCGAAGCCUCCGCCAACAGAAUCAUCAGCGAUGCGCACCUGUUUGACUUCGACUCGGAAACUCACGCGAACGGCUUUCGAAGCAUCGUUUCAGUCGCGGAUAGGUUCAUCCCCCUGACUACCAAACUCUGCAGGGCUCUGCAAAUGAAGCGUGGUUCGCCGUUUUUCCGAGGCGAAAGUUUCGCCAAGGAAUUGGGCGACCACGUCGGCAUCUUGCGCGGCCUCAGAGCCGGCUUGUCCAUACUGGAACAGAUGAUGGAGCACACGGAUAAAGGCAGCCUGUUCGUGAACGAAAACAUGAAGUUCAACGACUUGUUCAAGGAGUUCGACAACUUCGACCCCACGAGCUUCUACGGGCGCUGCAUGGGAUUUUAUUUUUGUGAUGCUAUCAGGAGAACGCUACGCAAAGGCCAUGCCGUUUUGUCGGCCUAUCGGGACCACUAUUACCAGACCGGCAGCAACUUUGGAAGUACCACGACGCUCAUCUGGAGGUUCGGAAAAUACAGCAUGGAUACAGAACUGAGGGCCAAGCAGAUGGUGGAAAUGCGCAAGAAUGUCCACACUGAUUUUCUCAAAUCGAUGUGGUCACUUAAUGAACAGGUUCUUCUUAAGAAAGUGAACAAGUUUAUUUCUUCGUCGCUGCAAGUCUGCUGCGAUGUUGUGGUUCCUCUUGAACGUCUGGGUCUGCCAAAGGUCGAGGAGCCGUCCAUUGUCGUAGAGAUACCAUGUCCCUCAGCUCACGGUCCCCCUGCACCUGUACGAUGCCGGCUACUCUCAUCGGCAGUCAGAGAUGGAAUGCAAUCACUGUUACCAAGCAACCUGGUCAACUCGUCUGAUGUCCUGCCACCUUCUCAUGGUCUUAUAUUGCACUUUCAUGGUGGUGGAUUCAUUGCCCAGUCUGCUGAGUCUCAUGAGAUCUACCUAAAGGACUGGGCCCGCCUGGUGAACGUACCGAUUCUCUCGGUAGACUAUUCCUUGUCACCAGAGAGCCCUUACCCACGGGCAUUGGAAGAGGUGACCUUUGUAUACGGCUGGGUUCUCAACAACUGCCAUAAGCUAGGUACUCAUGCCUUUCAUGCAGUGAAUGAGAAAAAGGGGGCAUUAAAGGGCCCAGUUUUGUCAUUCAUAACCAUAUAAAGAAAUUAAGCAUUUAGGAAUUUAGUAUUUGCUUUUAAUUGAAGUGUAGAAAUGAGAAGGCAAGUGAAAAUGAACGUCAAAAAAAAAACUUUUCUCUUUUGAGAGCU